AUGACAGUAGGAACAGGUGACAGUGAGGGUGAGGAUAUUGUUGAGGAACAGAUACCUGUCAGAGCUAUGGAUGAUAGGGAAGAAACUGACAGUUUAGAUGAUGAACAGUCAGUGGAGGAAUCAGAAGAAAGUGACCACUGUUUUCCCUCCUCAUCUGGAGAGGAAUUGGAAUCAGAUGAAGAUCCAUUUGAAGGACUUAGUGCUAGAUCAAGAAAGAGACUGAGACCUAGUAUAAAUGUAAAAAGAAUAGAGGAAACAUGGAAAAAACCAGAGAAAUAUGAAGAGCCAACUGAAUACUUUGGUGACAGUUCUGAUAGUGAGAAUGAUGAAGGGUGGUCAUCACAUCUAAGGAGACACAGACGGUCACAGGAAUUUACUGGAAACAUACCAGGACCCAAUGUUAGCCUGGAUGAAAAUGUCAGUCCCCUGGAGGCAUUUUACACAAUAUUUCCUCACUCCUUGAUAAAAAAACUACGGCGUGAGACAAAUAAAUAUGCCAGAUGGAGUCAGGCCAAAAAACGGAAAACAGAUAAAUACUGGCGUGAAGUAAAUGAUGUUGAGAUGAAGGCAUUCCUGGGUGUCCUUAUUCUAAUGGGAUCAGACCCCAAAAUGGAAAUUGGAGAUUACUGGUCCAACCAGACUGCUUUGAGAAAUGAAUUUAUUGCUGGCACCAUGAGCAGAAAUCGUUACCACAAAAUCAUGCAAUAUUUUCAUUGUAACAAUCCUGAAAAUGAUCCUGCAAAUAUCAGUGACCCGAUAAAACGCAGAAUUGAAAAAGAUCGCAACCCUAUGUACAAAGUCGCUCCAAUACUGGACAAAAUUAUGGAACAAUCUGUAAAGUCAUAUCACCUGCACCAACAGGUUGUUAUAGAUGAGGCCAUUAUUGGUUAUAAGGGCAGUAAAGGGGGUAUCCCAAGCGUCUUCAUAAUUUCCAAACCUAGGUCUAAGGGGUUUAAAGUUUACGUUCUUGCUGAUGCAGUAUCAAACUAUGUAAACUGCAUCAGAUUUAUGACAAGAGGAGCUAUACCGAAUAGAAGAGGUGACAGUAAGACCCUGGAGUUAGUUGUGGAUAUGGUCAGUCAUAUCAGUGGAUUCAACUAUAUUCUAUACACGGACAAUUAUUACACCAGUCCUGAAUUGGCAGUGACCCUGCUGAACCAACAUCACAUGUUUCUUACUGGUAGUGUACGUCCAACAAGGAAGGGAAUGCCAACCAGUCUAAGUGCUAAUGAAAAAAACAACCCUGCCAGUAAGAAAAUAAAAGCCCUGGAAAGGGGGCAGUUUGCCUCAAGGCAGAAGGGAGAAAUGGUAGUAAUUGUUUGGAAGGAUUCCAAACUGUUCACAGUGCUCACAACUUGCAAAGAGGGGUUCAGGAUAAAUGGAGAGAGAGUGGUGAGACAUGUGAAAGACAAAACCACCAAGAAGAGAAAUACAUACACACUUCCAGCACCAAAUGUAAUAGAUAACUAUAAUGAAUAUAUGGGUGGCGUUGACAGGGCGAAUCAGUUGAGGUCCUACUACACCUCACAACGGCAAACCCACAAGUGGUGGAAAUAUAUAUUUUUCUACUUGUUGGAUACAGUCUUGACAAACAGCUGGAUCAUAUUUAAAGAGAUAACCAACUCCAAAUUGACACACAAGUCAUUCCAAGUUCAGAUCGGUGUUUCCCUAGUUGGUGGUUUUUCAUCACGAAAGAAAGUACUUGUGACUUCCCAGCCUACAAUAGACAGCUACAAGGGACACACACUCAUUCAAGGCAAAGGGCAUGGCCAAUGUUGUAGGCUCUGUAUACAACUCAAGAGAAGAACAAGAUCCGGAGGGUAUCGCAAAAGUAGCUACAAGUGUCGUGAAUGUGGCAUUAGCCUGUGCAGGGACUGUUUUCUGCCCUAUCAUCACAUAGCAACUGGAAAGGCAACAUUGUGUAAAGAAACACAGUAUGAUGCUGGGGACCAGAAUGAAGCCAGACAAUUAUGGCACACCAGCCAACCAAGAGGAAGGGAAAGAGGAAGGGGAAGAGGAAGGGGAAGGGGAAGGGGAAGACAAGCCAGAAAAUAA